AUGGUCAACAUCAUUGGCAUCGACGCGAGCUUGAAAACAUCGAUUCUUGGGCAUGGCUUUGACGUGCCAUUCUUCAUCAAUCCAUUUGCCUCAGCUGGUAUAACGAAUGAAACCGCAGAGAGGGGAUUAGUGAACGCUGCGGCCGCUCAUGGAGCUCUCUACAUUUCCUCGCAAACAACGACCCUUCCGAUGAAGAAAAUCUCAUCAUUCAGGAGCAAGAAUCAAGUCCUCUGGGAACAGGUGUCCCUCUCGAAUUUGGACGAUGAGUUACCUCGCGACAUGUUCAAGUCUAUCGAAGCUGCCGGCAUGAAGGCCAUUGUACUUACUGUCGAUUCGGCAGGCGACCGAACAGCAUAUCGCCCUCUCAGGAGACGGAAGGACACCAGUAUCUCUAGAGAUCCCCGCUAUACCCUCAUGACCUGGGACUAUUACACUGAGCUACAGCCCGCUACAUCCCUACCAAUCAUCCCUAAGGGUAUCCAUACCGUCGAAGACGCCCGUAAGGCCAUCGAGGUUGGAGCACCAGCAAUUUUCCUGUCUAACCACGGCGGUCGCUCUCUCGAUGGUUCGCCGUCCGCGCUGGAGGUUGCCUGGGAGUUUCACCAACGGGACCCUAGCGUCUUCGAAGAAAUUGAGGUUUAUGCGGAUGGUGGCGUCCGAUAUGGCACGGAUUUCCUCAAGCUUCUCGCGCUUGGUGUCCGAGCUGUUGGCUUGGGGCGGUCUUUCAUGUACGCUAACCUGUAUAGCACAGCUGGUAUUUCACAGGCCAUGUCCCUGCUCACCAAUGAGAUUACGAGUCCUGGCGCCAAUCUUGGACUUGCAAGUAUUAAAGAUAUUAAUGCUACUUAUUUGGAAUUGCCAACUACCGCCUGCAAUAGCUAA